AUGGACGCACCCGAGGAAGAUCUGGACAUCAAGCUCCAGAAGAUCUCGGGCGACCUUAUCGCCGAUUUUGACCGCUCCCUGCGGCCGCUGCUACGGCGUGCCGACGGCACAGUGCGAAGCCGGGUCCGAACCCGCGAGGCGCUCCGCCUGACCAUCUCGCUGCUCGACCCGUUCCAGGAGCUGCCGCAGCUCCUGGAUCCGUACCUGGCCGGCUGGUCGCAAGCCCUGGCCGAUGCGUUUCUCGAGUACUACGACCGCCGCCGCCGCCGGUCCACCGCCGCGCACAACAAGGCGGCGGGGCAGGAGGGGCAUCUCAUGUCCCUCCCUGCCGCCGUCUGCAGGAUCAUGUACACGCUGUGCAAGAUCCGUGGGGAAAAGGUCGUCGUGAGGCUGCUGAGCGUCGAGACGAGGUACUUGGAGCUGCUUCUUUCCGUGCUGGAGGAGUCCGAGAGGGCGGCGGCGGCGGCGGUGGCUGCUGCUCCAAAUGACACCGGGUUCGGCUCGCCAGAGAAUAGCAAAUCCGAGUCUGACAUCUCAAGACUCUGGACGUGGGAGGAACGCUACGUCGUAUUACUGUGGCUAUCCCACCUCUUCCUUGCCCCCUUCGACCUGGCGUCCAUCUCCUCUGUUGACCUGCACGACGAUGAACUGCCCGAGAUUCCUGGACUUCAGUGGCCGCCCAACGUCCCCGGGAUCGCAUUGCGGGUGCUCCCAAUGGCCAUCAAGUACCUUGGUUCGCCAGGAAAGGAGAGGGACGCGGCAAAGGCUCUCCUGGUGAGGAUAGCCAUGCGCAGAGACAUGCAGGAGCUCGGAAUACUCCAUGCCCUCCUACAAUGGGCGCUCUUUGCGCUACGGCCCAGCACCAAGGGCGCCGGCGGGGCUGCCGCAUCACCCUACUACUACAUCGGUGUGCUAUCGUUUCUUGCCGGCCUGCUGGCUUCCUCUGCGGACACGUCCGACAUGGACAGAUACCUCAAGACGGUCUUCUACACAACGUACAACAUUUCUUCCAAUUCGGAUGAUGUUUCAAAGCUGAUUGCAUCCUCGGCCCUCGCUCGCAAGAUAAUUAUCAAGAUUGUGCGGUCCAUUGCAAUUCUGGUUCUGCGCAGGACGUCUACCUCGACUGCCGCCUCGCUCAUGGACGACAAGGCCAACACCGUCUUGGUGGAGACAGCUGUUGGACAUGCGCUGGAUUUGCUUUCUGACAAUGACACUCCCGUCAGGUUUGCGGCUAGCAAAGCGCUGAGCGUCAUCACUCUACGGCUGGAACCGGAGCUCGCAUCGCAGGUUGUCGACGCAGUCUUGGAGGCCCUGGAACGCAACGUCUUGUGGGUAAAGAGCCCGGGCUCAGGAAGUGGUGACGCUACAACCCCAGCGCGACGGACACGCGACAUGUCACUGGUUGACCCCCUCGAAUGGCACGGUCUGAUGCUCUCCCUGUCGCACCUACUGUAUCGCCGUUCGCCUCCCGCCGAGAACCUGGCCAAGAUCAUCCAGGCAUUGCUUACAGGCCUCUCGUUCGAGCGCCGUGGAACAUCCGGUGCACCUAUGGGCACAAACGUCAGGGACGCAGCUUGUUUUGGCAUCUGGGCACUUGCCCGGCGGUACACAACAGUAGAGCUACUCGCCGUCCCCGUCGACUCGUUCUGUCCCAGUGCACCGCACGGCAGACCACCGUCCGUCAUCCAGGUCCUUGCCACGCAGCUCACGGUCACCGCUUCCCUCGACCCGUCCGGCAACAUCCGCCGCGGCUCCUCGGCGGCCCUCCAGGAGCUGGUGGGUCGCCACCCCGACACCGUCGAGCAGGGCAUCUGGCUCGUCCAGACGGUCGACUACCACGCCGUGGCCUUGCGAUCGCGCGCCACCUCCAAGGUCUCUCUCGGAGCGACAAGGCUCUCGGAUCGUUAUGGCGAUGCGGUCCUGGAGGCGCUCCUCGGCUGGAGGGGUAUCGGCGAUGGCGACGCCGCGGCGCGCCGUGUGGCUGGCUCUACGUUUGGGACGGUCACGAGGGAGCUGGCUGUGUCCGGGACGGCGGGCGCAAAGCCGCUCGACAGAGUUCAGCGAUCCAUCGACAAUCUUUUUGACCGGAUCAGCGAGCUCCAGAACCGAGAAGUCGAGGAGCGGCAUGGCUUGCUGCUCAGCCUUGCAGCUGUCCUUGACACCAUCCCGGAGCUGCUCGGAGAUGGACUCGGAGCUUUUACGACGCUGGCUGGCCACACCUUGCAAAGGCUUGCGACGCUGUUGGACGUCUGUGUCAAAACCAAUUUUCGUCGCCCGGAGCUCGUUGCUGAGGCAGCCAGCCUGUUGAUUGUGUCUUCGUUCCCACUACUUCAGAUAGUUGCUACAGAUCCGACAGUGGCUCAUGGAGAAACAUCACUAAAGUUGCUGCCUGGCGCUUACGUUGCCACCCCCGCAUUUUCGGCAGACGAGUUGAUAUCAAUCAAAAAGACGGUCAAAGAGGCUAGAUCCAAACACACACAGGAUACAUGUUUACACGAAUACCUGCUGGUUGUUCAAGCAGCUGUGAACGAAUGGCUAGGGCGUUCAGAGCAAGAAGUCAUCGAUGCUGCAUCUGUGGCAUCACUAAUAUUACUGAUAUUCCUUGGUGAUGGUGAGCGGGGAGAGUUGGAAAGCGCCAAGAGCCUGCUUGCCAAAUGGGCACAGCUGGCACGUCAAAAGCCAACCUCGUCUCGGGCAGGCAUUGGGGCCGGAUACUUUUUCGCCUUGACCAUGGCCCACCGUGUGAUUCCCCGUCCGGGCCCUCAACCUACAGAGGCAUGGGAUGCCGAUGCCACAUCUAGCCUUAUCACGGGGCCACUGGUGGAUCGUUGGAGGGCGGAUGCCAGCACGGAGGUGCGCGUCGCCAUCCUCCAGAGCCUGACGGGAUCAGGGAGCAGUUUGUUGCGAGAUAACAUGUCAACACUGUUGGUUCUCGUCACGGAAGGUCUAGAUGACUACACCGUCACCGCUCGCGGAGAUGUGGGAUCCCAUGUGCGGCUGCAGGCCAUCAAGGUCACCAAGGGGCUCUGGAAAGCCAUCGAGGGAUCAAGUCCGGGCGACGAGAAGCUCGAGGUUGCGUUCCUGACCCUGUUUCCCAAGAUUCUGCGGCUGUCGGCGGAAAAGUUAGACAAGGUGCGAGCCGAAGCGCAGACUACAUUGGCGUUGGCCCUGAACGAGAGCUGGGCUCUCAAGCUCCGGAGAUCAACCUACUCCUCUCGUCCAUACCACAGCUUCCUCCUCAACCUACCCACCACCACCUCUGAGCGGCUGCACGCGUCCGUCUCGGCCGCGCCGGCGCUCGUCGACACGGACGGGUCCCGGUGGAUGGAGGAGCUGAUGACGGGGUACGUGACGUCGGCCGACGCGGGGCACGAGGACCUCGUCAUCGCCAGCCGCGGCGCGCUCGCGACCUACUGCGCGCGGUCCCAGGAGAACCUCGACCGGGCGUGCGGGGCCCUGGCGCGCUGUCUCGCCAGGCUCUCGCGGCAGCAGCCGCAGCCGGACCGCGUCGUCGUCCCCAUGCUUAACGUCACGGCGUUCCUGUUCCACGUCGGCGUCUUUUCGCGCUGCAGGGAUGUCGACUACAAGGCGCUGUGCCUCGCCGUCCAGCGCUGCGGGUACAAGACGGGCAACGUGCGCAAGCUCGAGGCCUGCGUCAGGGUCUACGGCGCCGUGGCGGGUAUGGGGGUGCAGGGGGAAGGAGAGCGGCAGCAGCAGCAGCAACAACAUCAACGUCAAGGUCAACAGCAAAUGGAAGGCGUGCGCGAGGCGAGAAAGAGGCUCGGGGCGCUCCUGCUGCACCCCUGGCCGAGGGUUAGGAGCUUCGUCGUGGACGAGCUGUGGGUUCUGCUCUCGGACGAGCGGGACGAUGCCUCGGCCGCACGGGAGGGGGGCGACAGCAGCAUGGCGUCGAAGCUCAAGGGUGUGGACUGGGGCGGUGCGGGAAAAGAUGCGGUCAAGGAGCUUGUGGAGCAGCUGGGACUCACCUAG